CCGCGCACGGGUGGGACAGGGUUGGCGCGUUGGAAGGGUGGGGGAAAGGCAGAAGAGGGCAAGCGUACAAGCCGCGGCGCGAGAAGGUCCUUGGGUGCGCGCACGUGCGUGCGUGCGUGCGUGAGUGCGUGUUCGCGACCCACGGCACGCUGUGCGCGAGGCGGAUGUCCGGGCCGGCUGGACCGGGGCCGCUGACGAGAUGGCGGAAGGCGGAGGCUGCCGUGAACGACCGGAUGCAGAGACCCAGAAAUCCGAGCUCGGGGCCUUAAUGAGGACCACGCUGCAACGAGGGGCGCAGUGGUAUCUUAUUGACAGCCGGUGGUUCAAGCAGUGGAAGAAGUAUGUGGGCUUCGACAGCUGGGAUAUGUACAAUGUGGGUGAACACAAUCUGUUUCCUGGCCCCAUAGAUAACUCUGGACUCUUUUCAGAUCCUGAGAGUCAGACCUUGAAAGAACAUUUAAUUGAUGAAUUGGACUAUGUAUUGGUCCCCACUGAGGCCUGGAAUAAGUUACUAAACUGGUAUGGCUGUGUAGAAGGUCAGCAGCCCAUUGUCAGAAAAGUUGUAGAGCAUGGCCUGUUUGUCAAGCACUGCAAGGUAGAGGUGUAUUUGCUGGAAUUGAAGCUUUGUGAGAAUAGUGAUCCCACCAAUGUGCUGAGUUGCCAUUUCAGCAAGGCAGACACCAUCGCAACCAUCGAGAAGGAAAUGCGGAAGCUGUUCAAUAUCCCUGCAGAGCGUGAGACACGGCUGUGGAACAGAUACAUGAGCAACACCUAUGAGCAGUUGAGCAAGCUAGACAACACUGUGCAGGAUGCUGGGCUGUACCAGGGUCAGGUGCUAGUAAUUGAGCCCCAAAAUGAAGAUGGCACAUGGCCAAGGCAGACCCUGCAGUCAAAAUCAAGCACUGUGCCUAGCAGAAAUUUUACUACCUCUCCAAAAUCAUCAGCAAGUCCCUAUUCCUCAGUGUCUGCCUCUCCCAUUGCAAAUGGUGAUAGCACUAACACCUCUGGAAUGCACAGUUCCGGUGUCAGCAGGGGUGGAUCUGGCUUCUCUGCUUCGUAUAACUGUCAGGAGUCCCCAUCGUCUCACGUACAACCUGGGCUCUGUGGACUUGGAAACCUGGGGAACACCUGCUUCAUGAACUCUGCUUUGCAGUGCUUAAGCAACACUGCACCACUGACUGACUACUUUCUCAAAGAUGAGUAUGAAGCUGAAAUCAACAGGGACAACCCUCUGGGAAUGAAAGGGGAAAUUGCAGAGGCCUAUGCAGAGCUCAUUAAGCAGAUGUGGUCUGGAAGGGAUGCUCAUGUGGCACCUCGAAUGUUCAAAACCCAGGUGGGACGUUUUGCCCCUCAGUUUUCUGGCUACCAGCAGCAAGACUCUCAGGAGCUCUUAGCCUUUCUUCUAGACGGAUUGCAUGAAGAUCUGAACCGAGUGAAGAAAAAACCCUACCUGGAGCUGAAGGAUGCCAAUGGGCGGCCAGAUGCGGUGGUGGCAAAGGAAGCCUGGGAGAAUCAUAGGCUAAGGAAUGACUCUGUGAUUGUGGACACGUUCCAUGGCCUCUUCAAAUCUACUUUGGUUUGCCCAGAGUGCGCUAAGAUUUCUGUGACCUUUGACCCAUUUUGCUAUCUAACUCUCCCCCUGCCCUUGAAGAAAGAUCGAGUUAUGGAGAUCUUCCUGGUUCCUGCUGACCCUCACUGCAGGCCUACCCAGUACCGCGUAAUUGUGCCGCUAAUGGGUGCUGUAUCUGAUCUGUGCGAGGCUCUCUCCAGGUUGUCUGGCGUUGCUGCAGAAAACAUGGUGGUCACAGAUGUGUAUAAUCACCGGUUCCACAAAAUUUUCCAAAUGGAUGAAGGUUUAAACCACAUCAUGCCUCGGGAUGAUAUUUUUGUGAAGAGGGAAAGACUACAGUCGGUUGCCAGCAAUUUUGGUAACAUCUGUUCCAGGAUAAAACAUCUAUAAAUCUCCUCAAUCCCAUGUAUUCACUAAGUACGAGGUCUGCAGCACCUCCAUGGAUGGCUCUGAAUGUAUCACGCUUCCUGUGUACUUCAGGGAGAGGAAGUCCAGGCCGUCGAGCACUUCCACCGGGGCGGUGCUGUAUGGGCAGCCUCUGUUGGUUUCUGUCCCAAAGCACAAGCUCACCCUCGAAUUUUUGUACCAGGCUGUUUGUGAGCGUAUCAGCCGCUAUAUAAAACAGCCUUUGCCUGAUGAGUCUGGCAGCUCGCCCUUGGAACCGGGGGCCUGCAAUGGCUCUAGGGGCAGCUGUGAAGGAGAAGACGAAGAGGAAAUGGAGCAUCAGGAGGAAGGCAGAGAGCAGCUUUCAGAAACAGAGGGCAGUGGGGAGGAUGAAUCGGGGAGUGACCGUGGUGAGACCUCCCAAAAGAAGCUCAAAGACAGACCCUGCCCUGAAAGGCUUUUUACCUUCAGUCUUGUGAACUCUUAUGGCACAGCUGACAUAAAUUCCCUUGCAACUGAUGGGAAGCUACUUAAACUCAACUCUCGGUCCACACUAGCCAUCGACUGGGAUAGUGAGACCCGGAACCGUUAUUAUGAUGAGCAAGAAUCUGAGGCCUAUGAGAAGCAUGUCAGCAUGUUGCAGCCUCAAAAGAAAAAGAAGACAGCAGUGGCCCUAAGAGACUGCAUCGAGCUCUUCACUACCAUGGAGACCCUUGGGGAGCACGACCCCUGGUACUGUCCCAACUGUAAGAAGCAUCAACAGGCCACAAAGAAGUUUGACUUGUGGUCCUUGCCGAAGAUCCUGGUUGUCCAUCUCAAACGUUUCUCCUACAAUAGAUACUGGAGGGAUAAGCUUGAUACGGUUGUGGAAUUCCCAGUCAGAGCUCUGAACAUGUCCGAGUUUGUCUGUGACCUGUCAGCAAGGCCUUAUGUGUACGACCUCAUUGCCGUGUCCAAUCAUUACGGAGCCAUGGGGGUUGGCCACUUAUACUUUCAUACUUGUUUAUGGAGAGGUAUUAGUGAUGUUCAAGUGAGAAGCUGGGUUUCCUCACAUCUCCUGUGUUGCACCAUGACAAGUGACACUACACCCAAUGUCAGGACCUCAAGAGAUGACACCAUGGGAGGUGUCAGUUCCAUUUACAUUUACAGUGGAUUAUGGAACUACCCUAACCACAGUCUUCUCUCCUAUACUGAUACUGCAUACGCGAAGAACAAACUGAAUGGGAAAUGGUAUUACUUUGAUGAUAGCAAUGUGUCCCUGGCCUCUGAGGAUCAGAUAGUGACAAAAGCAGCUUACGUGCUAUUUUACCAGCGUCGAGAUGAUGAGUUUUAUAAGGCACCUUCACUCAGUUUUCCUGGAUCGUCUGAUGGAGGAACGAGACCAGGAAGCUCACAGCAAGGCAUGGGGGAUGAUGAGACUUGCAGCAUGGACACCAACUGAUGUUGCUUCAUGACCCUGCACCACAGCACCAGUGUAAUCCCCCAGGAGAACACCUUUGACACUGAAGACUGCUAGUGUUUCCUCUAAAAACCAGAUGAGGAAAUUUCCUUCUCUUAUGAACAGAAGGAAAAAAAAGACCGUUUUUGCUCAGAAGGGUUAUACCAAGAGGCUGAAUUAUUUUUCUUUCUAUAUAGGUGGCGAGAAAUUUCUGUAAGCCUUUGGAGCUGCAGAGUGGGGGUUGGGGGUGUAGCACAAUGGAGUAUAUCUGAUGGAUUCCAAAGAACAGAGAGGAACACACUGUAAUUGAGUUUGGUGCAGCCAUGAAGACCUGCCACGAGCUGCCCUGAGUUCUUGGAUUUCUAAUUCUGGUGCUGAUUACUGGUCCCCCCAGUAGUCUGCCUGCAGUAAACUAAGCCUCGAGUAAACUUGAUGUCAUCCCCUUCUCCCUUACUGUGCACUGAGAUGGGUUUAUCAUUCUCUAAAAAUUAGCCACUGAGAUGCAUUUUUGUAUCCCUUUGAGUCAUGGAAUUUCCAGCUUUCUUCUCCCUAAUGAAAUGAAGAUAUUUGGUAUUAGGGUUUCCUGCCCCUUAAUCGCCUAUGGAACCUUGUACUUGUGUCAUGUCUCCCAGCAUCCUUGAUGAAUUGAGGCAGUGUGAUACCCUGUGACAUUUUUAUUAGAUAUCACUUAGAAGUCAGUAUGUGAAACUGCUGGGUACUGUGUCCCAUACAGUACCUUUGGUGGGUUGAGAAGAGAAACUUUUCCCGGCGUUGACUUCGGUUAGAACCAGCCAGUUCUCUCCACCCCUGCCCCACCACGCUCCCAUGACCCAUUUCAUCGCGGUGAGGAACCCGUUGUUCACUCGUCACUGGGGCCCUUCCCCUUCAGUCUGCGUGAGUUCUAAGAACAAGGUCAUCCGGGUCUUUUUUUGUUUCUUUGUUUGACCUUUCACCUGAGCCGUGGGGGUUGGGCCUUCCGUCAUCGAUCUGGUCACGCGGGCGACCGUUGGCAGGGGAGGUGGUGCAGUCUCACUCGCUCGCUGCUUGGUGAGGACGCGGCUGCGGGUCUGCGCCUGAGGGCCGGCCGGGGUGCGGUGUGGAGGUGGGCCAGGGCCUGAGAGGGAAGGCUUUGCGGGCUGAGCCGAGGGCCAGGGCUCUAGUCCGAUCGAUCGCAGGUUACUCCCCGAGAACUGCGGGCCUCACCCGCCCCUACGGGUAGGGUGGGAGGGCAGCGCCGGGAGUGUUCCCCUGCUCUCUGGCCUGUGUCGUGCGUCAAACUCAAGGAAAUCAGAAACUGUGGCGAACACCACAUUCGGGGGUGGUUUACCUCCUCAUAUGUAACAGUAUUCUCACAUUGCUCUGUGCAUUUCCAGUGAAUUACACAAUAAAGACGGGUCGCUUUUAAGGGAGAUGUCUGAAAAACUGAGAAGAUGCAGAAAGGAGCUGACUGCGGCCAUUGACCGGGCCUUUGAAGGGGUCAGUCAUUCCCAGGAGUGCUCAGGCCCGCUGAGGCUGGAGCUGGACGCGGUGCGACUUCCCUUCCCCCUCCCCGUGCACCGGCUCCUCUGCAGGAGGAAACCGCUGGCAGCCUGCUCCUCUGUGGCUCCUUUCUCUCCUGUCCCUUGUGACCCUGAGAAUGAGAGCCCUGUCUUUGCACCAAACCCUGCUCCUGUGACUGCAAAGCCGCAGGCUCUAUGUCCCCAAAGAAAACCUCUGACCAGCAAGGAAAACAUACUGAUGCAUUCCUCCAUUUUGGCACCUGAAAGACAGCUUUGGAGAGCAGUAGGAGAUGGGGAGAACUGGAGAAAAGACUGUUUAAGGAAAGAUAUGGAGAAAUAUUUGAAGGUUGACUCAAACAUGCCACUCAGCAGUUCUAGCCAAGAGGUCACACAGGAUCUGCUUGAUAUGAUUGACCAUACAAGCAUCCGAACUAUUGAAGAAUUGGCUGGAAAACUAGAAUUUGAAAACGAGCUGAACCGUGUGUGUGGUCACUGCGAAGAUUCUCCCUUUAAGGAGGAAGCCUGGGCCCUGCUGGUGGAUGAGAGCCCUCAGAAGGCCUCAGAUGCGGACCCUGGCAGCCUCAAGCAGGCUUUCGAGGACCACAAUAUCGUGGAGACAGUUCUGGACCUGGAAGAGGACUACAAUUUGAUGACCUCUUUUAAAUACCAAAUUGAGUAAGGACAGUUGACUUCAGCUUUGAUCUUUACAGCAGGAGGCUGACUUAGAGCGUCUGUGCCUGGCAUUCACAGUUGUCAUUGGUGCCACAUUCUUCAAAGGCUUGCCAAAAUCUGAAUUACCCCAGCCUUUUAAAUUUCUAGUUGUGUCCCUUUUUAAGCUGAGAGCCCCAUUUUUUUUUUUUGUUCUUUUUUGUUCUGUUGCUUUGAAAUGUUUCUUUGUUUUUUUCCUUUACUUUUUUUGAUAUCUUGACUGUUUUUUUUAAUUGUUAUUCAAUAUACCCAAUACCCAAGGCA